AUGCUGAUCCUGUCUUACGAGCCUAUAUUGAUUGUUUGGAGGGUAAUUUGCUUUGCACAUGGAGACGGAGUUGUCACUCACAGUGAGUCAACGGAUGCUGAUGCUCCUCGUGUUGAGUUUGAGUAUGAAACACGGACACUAUUUUUCAAAUCACUAAAUAGUGCAAUAGAGCGGAGACUUUUAUCGGAGGGGUUUGUUCGUUUUGGGCGUUGGCUUUGCAGACCUUUAGAAUUGAGCUCUUUAUAUGCUGAAGAUAAACACACAAUACCCAAGUAA